AAAAGUUUUUACAAAAUGUCUCAGAUGCUAAAGGACAUUUUAAAAUCACAAGAAAUUGUUAAUGAACAAAUAUUAAGUACCUUUUAUAAAAUCUCAUUUAUGACUGGCGUGAAUAUUAAAUACAAGACUGGCUUUAAAGAUCCCAUUAAAUUUGUCAAUGCUUUGCUGGUACUAAUAUCCUUGGUGGGUCUAUGUGCCCAAUACUGUUUGGUUUGGCAUAAUCGUAAUGAACCAUUUGUAGAAUCAGCCGAUGCUAUUUGUACAGCGAAUCAAGCUUGGAUUUCGAUAUUAAAAUUAAUUUAUUUGGUAUUUGUGCAGCAUGAAUUCUACGAUCUAUUGCAUACUGCCACCGAUGGUACUUUACUAUAUGAAUUGGGUAUUUUCGAUUUGGCCAUAAAUUGCAAACAACAACUUCUGCAAGAAAUUAAGGAGAUUUUGACCGAUUCUUGGGUGCACAUUAAGCAUCAAUUGAAUUUCUUUACAUUUUCGUGCAUGAUGGCUUGCGGAUUUUAUAUGUUCUCCUGUAUAUUUGCCAAUUACUAUUACACCCACAUACAACCGCAAAAUUUCACUCUACAAUUACCAAUGCCUGCAUUAUUUCCCAUGUGGCAUGACUAUGGCAUGACAUUACCUUACUAUCCCAUACAAUAUAUAAUUGCUGGUAUUGAGAAUUAUAUAUGUGGAAUGUGUGCUGUAUGUUUCGAUGGGAUUUUCAUUAUAAUAGUGGUUCAUUGUUCAGCAUUAUUUGAAGUCCUUCAUAAACUCUUAGAACAUGCCACCAAUGAGGAAAUACCACAAACCGAAAGAGUUAAAUAUUUACUCUGCUGUGUGCGUUUGCAUGGACGAAUUUACAGAUAUUAUGAAAAAAUCAACAGUAUGUAUCGCAAUCCCAGUUUGGCUCAAUGUCUCUUGAGUAUGUUGGUUUUAUGUGUAGUUAUGUUUAUGGCCAAUGUUGGCCUGGAACAGGAUAUAACAUUGUUCUUUAAAAUGUUGUGUUUCUUGGGUGCUGCUGGUUUUCAAAUUGUUAUUUACUGUUAUAAUGGUCAGAAAAUUAUAACGGAGAGUGAGAAAACUCCUUCACUUUGGUAUAUCAAUUCCUGGUAUAAUGAAUCUAAACAAUUUCGUUAUAUAAUAAAUAUGAUGAUUUUGAGAACUAAUCGUACGUUAUAUUUACAAGUAUCGGGUUUUACUACCAUGUCUCAUAUGACUUUGCUAUCGAUUGUUCAGACAAGUGGUUCGUAUUUUCUAUUGUUGAGAAAUCUUAGUGGCAUGGACUAA